AUGUUUUCCAUGGUUAAUGCUAAUGAUGGCUGGACUAAUUGUUAUGACAAAAACAUUAACCCUUAUUUUCAAGAGCCAAACAUUCAAGCGUUGUCUGUAGAUUGGGAUGAAGGUUCUCAAGACCCAUUUAUUCUAUUUAAUACUAAUUCCGAUACAGUAGAUCCUCCUUUCACCCGGGCUAGCAAGCUCGUAUAUGUUAUUCAGAAUUAUGAUGGAUCGACUCAACUUAAUAGAAGAGAUUAUGUUGGAGUAACUCGUACUUUUCUACGAGACUACUAUAUUUAUGUUGUUUUAUAUGAUGAGGAUCCAUUUAAAGUUAGGGGCU